GCCGUCGACGUUCAUGCUAUCAGUAUGACUAAUAAGACCCUUUAUCCUGGAGCACUGACGGAAACUCGUCCCAACUUACUCCAAAAGCUAGCUAUCAAACCAUGGAUUCCAGGUCCUCCUCGUUCUAUAACGCUUAUCAAUGUGCUAGUUGUCGAUCCGGCUUCAGGAUCGCUACUUGGUACUAAUGAGAACGAGUUAAAGCACACAGUAAUCAUGAAAAACGGCAAGUUUGCUGAAGUAAGACCUACAAAUGAGGGAGACAAAAAUCUCUUCGAAGAAGAGGAAGUCGUAGUGGUGGAUCUCAACGGUGCAUACAUUUGCCCAGGUCUCAUUGAUUGCCACGUCCAUGUUACAGCCGUAGCAGGUGUAAAGACCAUGGGUGAACUCAUGCGUGUUAGCGCACAAGAAGUGCAUCUGCGGACUACAUACAAUCUGAAGGAGAUGCUCCAGAGAGGUUUCACAACUGUUCGUGACACCGGAGGAGCGACUAAGGUCCUAGCAAACGCAAUUGAGGAGGGGCUCAUUGUCGGACCCCGAUUAUUCCAGUGCGGCAAGGCUCUCUCUCAAACUGGUGGGCACGGUGACUUUGCUCCUGCGCUUUCCGGGGGGCAUGAACUCGGAUGUUGUGGAGGCGGAGACGUAGGCCUCUUUGCUCGUGUAGCGGAUGGUGUACCCGCAGUACUGAGCGCUGUGAGAGGAGAGUUGAAAAGUGGUGCUGAUUUCAUCAAGAUAAUGGUCGGCGGAGGUGUCGCGUCCGAAACUGACGCGAUCGAAACAGUUCAAUAUACAACAGAGGAAAUUCGUGCCAUUACGACGACUUGCAAACAAAUGGGCGGAAAAUUGUCCACUGCCCAUGCGUAUACUGUUGAAUCCAUUCGACAUGCUAUCGAAAAUGGGGUCCAAGGAAUCGAACAUGGAAACCUAAUCGAUAAACCUACGGCAGAACUAAUGUCUGCUAAUGGGAUAUAUUUAACGCCGACAUUAUGUUGCUAUUCCAUCAUGACUAGGCCACCAUUCGAAGAUUUUUUGCCACCGUCAGGAAAAGUCAAGAAUGCAGAAGUGAUGAAGCAAGGAUUAAAGGCAUUGAAGACUGCCUCAGAUGCGGGGGUAACUAUUUGCUACGGGUCAGAUCUUCUCACCUCAAUGCAAGCUCUGCAGACGGAAGAAUUUACGGUUCGUGCUACUGUACUUCCAUCGCCCGAUAUCCUACGGCACGCUACAACGAAUGCAGCGAAGAUGCUUGACAGGACUUCCCUGCUCGGUACUAUCUCCCCAGGGGCAUACGCAGAUUUGCUCGUAUUGAACGCCAACCCAUUAGAGGAUGUAACAGUGCUCGACCGUCCGGAGAAUCACUUGAUGGCGGUUAUCAAGGGGGGUAGAGUGGUAGUAACCUCUGGGGCGAAGGAAUUGGAAACACUUGAAGGUUUGAAGAGAUGAAUGAACACAUUUUCUCGAAUCCCGCAAUUACUUUUCGA